AUGCACACCCUUCGGUAUCCUCUUGAUGAGCUGCUCAAGGCGGAUGCAAAAUUUGAGUGGACGGCAAAAUGCCAGGUUGCAUUUAAGAAAUUUAAGGAGGUGUUGAAAGCCGAUCUACUGUUGAUACACUUCAACCCUGCGCUCAAUAUAGUUGUGUCGGCAGAUGCGUCGUCUGUUGGUGUCGGUGCAACCUUAUUACACAAGUUUCCGGACGGUACUCUCAAGGUGGUACAGCAUGCUUCCAGAGCACUGACAGCAGCAGAGAAAACUAUAAUCAGCACGAUCCACAGUGGCACUACGAGUGACAAAACACCAAAAAAUUAUGUCUUACCGAUCACGACCCAGAUUUUCGGUUCGAGAAAAGGAAUUUCUGUUUACACAUCGAACCGGUUGCAACGUUGGGCUCUUACGGUAUUGCUUUAUGAGUUUACCAUCGCAUACGUCCCGACAAAUUCGGCAAUGCUGACAUACAUUCCCGUCAGCCAUCACGUCAGACUUGAGCAAGACUACGUGACUGCUUCGGUCUCUUUGGAGAAUGACUUAAGAAUCGUACAACAGUCUACACAGUCCGAUCCUAUCACUAAAGAAGUUUAUCGAUACUUGCUUAACGGUUGUCCUCAGAUCGUUACUGAUGUAGAGCUGAAGCAGCUGCAGGACGUGAGUACAAAGCUGAAUAUUAUUUGGCGCUCGAAUCGGUUGAUCGACUCCUUCGCCCCAUCGCCUGCGCAGUCUUCAGAAGCUUAA